CCGUCCGCAGUAUGGCUCGCAUGUUUGUUCCGGCGGCACUCUGGCUAUGCGCGACGCUGCUCGGUCAACAACACAAUGUCCAGGGAGCACCGAGGCCCGUCCGUCAGAUCAGUCCAGGUCUGUUGGAAGAGGGUAGCACUCAACAGAAGGUCACCCAGCAACAGUCUAAAACCCUGACUAAGCCCUUCUCCCAUGCAGUUGACCAUGGUCCGUACACGGCCACCGUCCAUGCGACGCCGUUCAUGUCGUCCGGAGUCCUGGGCGGCAUCGGGUCCGCUCUCGGUGGCCUGCACAGCACCGUAAUGGACGGCCUGCACGGGGCACUGCACGGCGGCGGCAUGUUGGGAGGCGUCCCGGGCUUCCACACUCCGCUUACGGCCGCGAGUCACUUGCUGUCGGGGACGUUCGGCGCCGUGGGACACCAUCUGGGCGGCCUGACAGGGGCAAGUCCUCUGGGAGGCCUCGCCACACCUCUCACAUCGCCGCUCUCGGCCCUGUCUCCAGCCCUCAGCGGCCUUUCCGGUGGUAUUCUUCCAGGCAGCCCAGGUGGCGGCAUGUCCGUACUCACUCACACAGUCCACUACGGCAGCUCGGGCGACAUGGGCCUCGCCGCGGCCGAGCACCAACAUCUGACUAGUACGGCCCACCAGCACAGUCUUCUGGCCAGUCAGGCGUUGGCCGCUGCGGACGCCGUCGAGAACGCCCAACUGCAGGCCUCUCUUGCCCGGAGGCACCUCAUCCACAAGGCCCUAGCGCACCAGAGCCUCGCGAGUCAGGCGCAGAUGAUGGCCCACAACGCUCACGCGCGUUUGCUUCAAGCACAGGCUGCGCACACUAGCGUGAUGUCCAUGUACCAUAACGGCUUUGGCCAAGGGUAUCCCAUGAUGGGCAUGCCGGCGUACGCAGGUUUCCCCGUAGGGGGUUACCCAGGAGGAAUGAUGCCCCUAGUAGGCGGCGCCAUGGGCUACGCUGAGAACCCUCUGCACAGCAUCAUCAGGAAACACUGCACGACAGUGCGUUACAUCAAUGGUGGUGGCGGUAUGUACCCAAUGCCGUUGGGUCUGUCGAGCGGUAUCGGAGGAAGCUACCCCUACGGCGUACACAGUGCCAUGGCCCUCGGGCACGGAGUCGGCGUCUACGGUAUGCAUGGCGCGUAUGGAAGUAGUCCACUUCUCGCCGGUGGCGUUGCGCCGCUUCACAGUGGCCUCGGCAUGGGAAUUGCAGGUCUGCACGGCGGAUACGGAGGUGUAUACAGCGGCUUGGGAGGUCUUCACUCUGGGCUUGGAUACGGCGCAGCCGGUCUUUAUCAUGGUCUUCACAGCGGGCUCGGAUACGGCGCAGCAGGUCUUUACAAUGGUCUUCACAGUGGUCUUGGAUACGGCGCAGCCGGUUUGCAUGGUGGUCUCGGAUACGGUGCCACCAGCCUCUACCAUGGUCUUCAUGGUGGCCUAGGAUACGGUGCGGCUGGUCUCUACCACGGAUUGCACGGUGGUUUGGGCUAUGGAGCCGCAGGUCUCUACCACGGACUCCACAGUGGUUUGGGCUAUGGAGCCGCAGGUCUCUACCACGGACUCCACAGUGGUUUGGGAUACGGAGCCGCAGGUCUCUACCAUGGACUUCACGGUGGUUUGGGCUACGGAGCCUCAGGUCUUUAUCACGGACUUCACGGUGGUUUAGGCUAUGGUGCAGCCGGUCUUUACCACGGGCUUCACAGUGGUCUGAGCUACGGAGCCGCUGGACUACACAGCGGCCUCGGCUAUGGCAUCGGAGGCCUACAUGGAGGUCUCUCGCACGCAGCUUACGGCCUGCACAGCGGAAUGGGACUCGCUGGUGGCAGUCUUGCUUACGGCGCUGGAGGACUUUUCGGAGCCCAUCAUCCUGUCCACACGGCCAUGCAUUCGUCAAGUUUCUCAAGUUACGGUGGUUACGGUGCUUACGGCGCAGGCGGGGGUUUGCUUCGUCGCUGAUGCUCAUUAGGCAAUUGCAAAAGACGACAUGGAGAGAGAGACCGAGCCGUUUUCAUC